AUGGCGACCACUCCUCCACCUGGAUUGUUGCGUGAACCUCAUGCCCCCCGGCAUGGCACUGGCUAUGACUCCUACGACCCUUAUCCUGCUAGACAAUCUGAAAGGAUCGCAAGGCAGAAAUUGAGUGCAAGAAACGCAACCCCUCCUCCCUCAUCUCCCAAAAAGGACGGCCGUCAAAACAAUCUAGGCACUUUGUCUCCCCCGAGAACUAGGUCGCCUCGCAAGGUUGUUCGAGGACGCGCACUGCUCGCCGAUGACCUUAGCCAGUCUGGCUCCUCACAAACCGCAGCAGCAUCACCCAGCAAGCACUCACGUGCAACUCUGCUGCCGCCUGACUCGACUCUUCUCCCCACUCCUGUCAAGACCCCAAACGGCAACAAAAAAUCAUAUGCGGACCUAGGAAUCGUUGCCCGGUCUCUCUUCCCCACUACAUCUUCAACUCGCGCUAAGAAGAUCAAGAAUCCCACUGGCUUCUCUUUGGGAAGCUUCGACGAAGGUUCUGACGGAAAUCGCAAUACCAUCGAGAUAUUCACAGACAUUCGCAAUCGAAUUCCAGCUGUGAACAAUAACCCCGACAAUAUUUUUACCGCAAAAUCUGAGAUCACGAUGCCUGCUUCGACGGAGCCGGUGAUGCCAAAACGCCGCAAAUUGACAUCUUCUGCGACGCCAGAGCUUGCCCCGAAAGAUGCUGUGAAACGCGAUGAUGGAAUGUUAUAUACAUUCCGUGGAAAGAAACUUUUCCGCAAGUUCGACGAGAAAGAUGAAGAGAAGGAGGAAAGUGACGACGAUGGAGACUUGGGCCUGUUUGCCAAUCGCCCAGACUUGCUCGACAGCAGCGUCAACCUUAGUGUUCCCCGCGUCACCCGUUCCGCCAUUAGAGGCCGCGUUUUAUUCCCCUCUAAUGAGAAAGUGAAAAGCGAAGAACUGCCACCACCGACCAAUAACGACGAUGAAGAGGCGACUACAGAUAUCGACGAACAAGUUGAGCCCGUCGACAGCGAUGAUGCUGUAGCAUCCUCUGAAGACACCGCGGAAAAUCUUCCUCCUAAACGUGCUCUUCGUUCUCGUCGUCUGUCUGAUGGCGAGAUGAUCGCUCCACAUUUGGCUGCCAUUGCUGAGACCCAGAAGAAGGGAAAGCGUGGAAGUCCUUUUGAUAUCUGGAAGAGAAAAAAGCAGUCGCCAACUGAGGCUUCUAUUCCCAAGAAACGAGAGGCUGACGAUUCGCCCGCCACGAGUGCCCCUGCCACAAAGAAGACCCGUGGUAAUUAA